AUGUCCAAGUUCGGCCUCCCCUUCUUCCUCGAGGACACCACCGGCAAGCUCACCGGUACCGACUUUGUCGACCUUCACAACCGGAUGCACCUCAGCAUCAAGCAGACCCUCCGUGACGCACACCGCUCGGCCUACAUCAUCUACGACCUCUCCGCACGCCCCGGAGCGCGCUCCGGUCUUCUCGUGCCCCUCAUCACCCUCGACUUCACCGCACAGAACGGGCUCGGGUCCGUCAAGAUCGCCGCCGGCGAGCACGUCCCCAUGGACAAGUACCUCGUCCGCAGUGCCGGUACAAACGGGAACGCGCGUUCCAGGACGUUCAAGGCCGCUGACGGCCAGGAAUAUCGCUGGACUCUUCAGGCCGACGGCGACUGGCAGUGUACGAACGCGCGCACCAACUACCACAUCGCGACGUACAGCAUGAAGCCGUCGGGCGAACCCCAGUACCCCAGCUCCUCGGGCUGCAUGCUCACCGUGGAGGAAGCCUUCCCCCACCUCGUCGGCGAACUGCUCGCGUCCUUGAUCAUCAUGCGCCACAUCGAAAAGUACAGCUCGUGA